AUGAACAAUAGUUCAGAAGGAAUUAUUAAUGACGAAUUUGAAACGAUAGCUAGAGAAACGUUAGAUAGAAUAAUUGAAAUAAUCGAAAACGAAAGUAAUUUAGAAAUUGACGUAAACAAUACUGAUAGCGAAAUAGUUGACAACAUAGAAAUAAAUAAUUUAGACGAAGAAUUAGAUUUAUUUAAUGAAGAAAUACUUAAUGAACGUAUAGAAACUAAACCAAUAACCAGUGAUAUAUUAAAUAAAAGUUUACGAUUAAUAAACCUAGAAGAGUUUGAAAAUAGUCCUACUACUAGCGCAAUUCGUCAAGGGUUACGAAGUAGUAGAAAUACUAUACACACCAAAUAUAUUCAACCAAAAAGAACAGUUAAAGUAAAGAAAAUGCCAGGUAGUACCGACGGGAAAUCCAUAAGUGCGUUAGACGCAAUAAAAUUAAUUCCUAACUAUUCAGGACAAACUGAAAUAUAUCCAUUUUUAAAUGCAUGCUAA